GAUCAUGCAUGGAUGACGGAGGACAUCGACCGUUGGCAGUUUCUCACUUUCUCACUCUUGCCAUCCAUUGCGGAUCCAUUGCAUCAAUCAAUCAUCUCAAUGGAUGGCUGAAGUUCCUUGAAAAGCAUUUCUUUCACUGCCAUCUAGCUAGCUAGCCAUGUCCAACCAACUCUUACUUCGCCGCGUAGCAUCAGUGUCCUGUUGGAAACGAUUUGGUGUGAGGCACACUACAUCAAGUACUUCAUCUCAUCGAUGCCUCAGUACUACGAUUGAUCCUGGCAAUGAUGGCAAUGAUGAUGAUCGCAGUGUUUCCAUUGGCAAUGUCCGCGUGGACUCGGCUCCAGCGGGCAGUGAUCGACCAGAUCUGAUUCCUUCCUUGCAUCCAUAUGAAUCCACGUACAUUGCGCCAUGUCAAUUGAGUCAUUUGCGUUGGAUGUUGCAAAAGGAUUUGCGCUUGCACCAAGAUUUUCUACUCAUGGGACAUCCCGCUCUAGCCCGUGAUCGACGUCAUUUGGUGUUUUUGUAUGCCGCCUUGGUGGGACGAGAAGUGGAAUAUGUGGCCAUUUCACGCGAUACGUCCGAUGCCGAUUUGAAGCAACGCAAAGAAGUCGAUGGGCGAGCUUCUAUUUAUGUUCAUCAAGCUCCCGUUCGUGCUGCAUUGGAAGGACGGCUCUUGAUUUUGGAUUCCAUCGAAAAAGCAGAACGAAACGUUUUGCCCACACUCAAUAAUCUAUUGGAGAAUCGAGAAUUGUCAUUGGAUGAUGGAGGAUUGCUUGUCGCGCCGCACAUUUAUGAUCAGCAAGAACAAUCUUCUCCCAAUUCUAGUACUACUUCCACCAUUCAUCGCGUCCAUCCCGACUUUCGAGUGGCCGCAUUGGCCAGUGUCCCGGCAAAUCUCGAUCCACCCUUACGGUCGCGAUUCCAAGCACGAGUGGCCCAUCCCAUGGAUCCCGGAGAAAUGUUGCAUGUCUUGGCGGCCGUGCCCCAUCGCACUUUGGACUCCAAUCAACUCCAACAAUUGGUCGGAUUGGCAUCCACCGUCCCAGAUGGCAUUUCUUUGCAAUCGGUCGGUGAUGCCGCCAAUUAUCUGGAACACUACACGUCAAAAGUAUUGUCACCACGAGUGGCAUUGUUGCCACAUGGAUUGGGAAUGUUGAGUGUGGACGAUGUGGAGGAAGAAACUCCAGUUGCCAAACAACAACCAAACAACGACAACCACAAUCCAUCCUUUGUUCCGACUGCCACCACCCAAACAGUGCAAUCUCUGAUUCAAAAUGCGUUUGCCAGUGGCAAUCGUGCCGUCGCAUUGGUCGGCCCCAAGGGAUGUUACAAAUCGGCACUGGCGCGUCAGCUAGCUUCCCAAGACAACAAGAAAAUGGAACUCUUUAGUUUGUAUUCCGACAUGACGGCCCGGGAUUGCCUCUUGACACGGGGCACCGAUGGAGAUGGCAAUACCGUAUGGCGACCGACUCCCUUGACACGCGCGGUCCAACAAGGACAUGCCGUCAUUCUCGAUGGCAUUGAUAAAGUGGGCGCGGAUACGCUGACAUCGGCAUUGGCACUCUUGUUGGAACAGGGACAAGUCGAUUUGCCCAAUGGACAACGGCUGCAGGCGCCACCUGGAUUUUGUUGUAUUGCCUUGGCGCAUAGCGACAAUAAUUGGAUGACACCCGAAAUCCAGGGCAUGUUUCAUUGGAUUCGUGUGGAUCCUUUGCCCAGUCCGGAACUGAAAGAAGUAUUGACGGGAUUAUAUCCCUCGUUGGACGUCGCCACAUUGGACAAGAUCGUCAAUCUACGAGAUCGACUGGAUGCGGCCAUUACCAGUGGAGCCGCCGAUACGGCGGAGGAACAAGAGAGUCUCGUCUUGUCGUUGCGCAAAAUCAAACACAUUUGCAAACGAGUCGAACGACAAGAACAACAGGAAGAUUUGCCGCGGUUGGUCCACAAUGCCCUCUUGACCAGUCUCAUGCCCGAACGAGAACGAAAGAUUGUCAUGAAAUGCAUGAAAGAUUGUGGGAUUGUGGCAACCAAAAAGACACAACAAAAUCGACAACAACAAUCUUCCAGCAGCACUCUGCUCGAUGAAACAUUACUCGAGUCAUGCCGUCGGACUCCCAAGCAUCCAUUGCUGGUUCCCAAUCCUGUCUUUGAAGAAAAUCCAGGACACGCUCACGUGCUGAAUGACAUUCUAGAUGCCCACGCAGUCGGAGAACGGGCACUGCUCAUCAUGGGGUUCCAGGGAGUCGGAAAGAAUCGAGUGGUGGACUAUCUUCUCAACAAGCUGCAGUGCGAGAGAGAAUACCUGCAGCUGCACCGCGACACUACCGUGCAAUCGCUCUUGUCGUCGCCAUCGGUGGAAGAUGGUCGGAUCGUUUAUGGUGAUUCGCCACUGGUGAGAGCUGCCAAGCAUGGGCGGAUUCUGGUGGUCGAUGAAGCCGAUAAGGCUCCUGUAGAAGUGGUGGCCCUUCUCAAGGGUUUGAUUGAAGAUGGAGAACUUGCAUUGCCGGACGGACGGGUUUUGCGAUACAAUGAAACAGGAGCAGCGGACAGUGCUGUGGAUGAUGAUGAUACCAUAUUCAUUCAUCCCGACUUUCGUGUCUGGGCGCUGGCCAAUCCAUCAGGGUAUCCGUUUCAUGGAAACGACUUGGCAAGGGAAAUGGCUGAUGUGUUUUCGUGUCACACGGUCCCUGCUCUGGAUGCCGAGAGUCAAAGACGGAUCUUGAAACGAUACGGUCCCAAUGUAUCGGACAAUGUUAUCAAUACGAUCAUUGAUAUUUGGCAGGAUCUAAGGGAAUCGCACGAGAAAGGAGUCAUGGCAUAUCCCUUCUCCGUCCGGGAGGCAGUUUCGGUCAUCAAGCAUCUCAACCAAUUUCCGAGCGACGGACUGGAUGGAGCUCUGGAAAAUGUUAUUGCUUUUGAUCGAUUUGACAAUGUUACGUUGAAACAGCUUGCUAGUGUGUUCAAUCGACACGGAGUCCCUGUUUCGAUUGAAGUAUCGGGAAGAGCCUUGGAGGCUGGCACGGAAGGCGGCAUCUCGACACCUAGAACGCGAACAUCCAGCCCCAAGCACGGGAAAAUUGACGAGAAGAAUGAUCCCCACGUUGGUGGCAACACGUGGGCUGGUGGUUCUGGGGGAUCCGAUACGGCUGGGCUCGGAGGCCGCGGUGGACCAUACCGCUUAGAUUCAGGGCAUCCCGUUCACCAAGUGUCGGAUGAGAUGAAAGCCGAAGUUUCGGAAGAAGCCCAGCGAAAGGCUAGAGAAAUGGCCAGAGAUGCACUGGAACAAAAGUUGAAAGAGCUAAAUAUGGGGGAAUUGGAUUGGGAAAGAUACAAUCAUCUGCAUCAACAGGUUGCCGUUCAAAUACAACAAUUGCAAGUGCUUCUCAAGGAUAUCAAGCGUCGCAAACAGGAGCGAAUGUGGCUCAAGCGCCAAUCGACAGGUGAGCUCGAUGAUUCACGACUCGUUGAUGCUCUCGCUGGAGAGAAAGACGUAUUCAAGCGGCGUGGCCAAGCUAACGAGAACAACAACCCCAAUUCGGCCCAAGAUACUGAGCCGAUAGCCAUCAAGCUCGUUGUAGACGUCUCGGCGUCCAUGUACCGAUUCAAUGGUUUUGAUGGGCGAUUGCAACGACUAUUGGAGGCCACUCUGAUGAUCAUGGAGGCGCUUAAAGAUGAUGAACGAUUCGAGCUGAACAUUGUGGGUCAUAAUGGCGACAGCGCAGAGAUACCACUUGUCACUGGGGAAACCUCGCAAGACCCAAAAACACAACUACGUGUUCUGGAAAGUAUGGUUGCACACACUCAGUACACCUUCGCGGGUGAUAGUACUCUGGAGGCCAUUGAGUUGGCUGUCAGUCAGGCCCACGAGGGAGAUCUAGUCCUUGUGAUUAGCGAUGCCAAUUUGAAGCGCUAUCGCAUAGAUCCUACAGAAGUGAGUGCUCUUCUGAGACGGAAAGAUGUACAUGCUCACCUAGUUUUGAUAGGGGGCUUCGGAGAAGAACCCAUCAAGUUAGCACGGGCUAUCCCCAACGAGAGGGCACAGGUUUGCUUGGACAGCGCGGAACUACCUUUGAUCUUGAAGAAUAUUGUGGCAUCAGCCGCAAAGUAAAAAGAGUUGUGCGAGGAUAAGUCUCAGUUAAGUACCUGGUACGGUUUAUGUUCCAUGCU